AUGGGAAACAGCAACACGGCGGAUCAGCCUACGCAGCCGCAAGAUGCAGUAAAUUCGUUUGCAGAUCAAUUUUGUAAUGCCUUUGGAGUGUUGCAGCAGUGUGGUCCUCCUGCCUCUUUUAGUAAUAUUCAGAGAGCAACUAACAAAGAUCAGCCAGCUAAUCCUACAGAAGAGUAUACCCAGCUUUUUGUAGCACUGAUUGCACGAAAAGCAAAAGACAUUGAUGUUUUGAUAGAUUCCUUACCCAGUGAAGAAUCUCCAGCUGCUUUACAGGCUGCUAGCUUGUAUAAGCUAGAAGAAGAAAACCACGAAGCUGCUACAUGUCUGGAGGAUGUGGUUUAUGGAAGGGAUAUGCUUCUGGAAAAGGUACAAAGUGCGCUUGCUGAUAUUGCACAGUCACAGCUGAAAACAAGAAGUGGUACCCGUAGCCGAUCUCUUCCAGACUCAUAG